AUGGCUAGCCGAUUCUCCACUGCUGAGAAAGGUAAAUGGACCGCUGCUCCAUCUGUUCCAUCUGCUCCAGUGCGUAGAGCCCCCAUUCCUAUCCCUGCGACCAAUAACUCUGUUCUCAUCGAACAAAACAAGUUAUCUCUCAUUGGCAGGGUUACUAACCCGGCGGCCCAAAACACUCACGCACUGUUUACCUUUGAGUCGGAAAAGGACCUUCAGAGCAUUCUUCUCAAAGCUCCUUACCACUUUAAGAGAUGGAUGAUUAUGCUUCAACGUUGGGAACCUGUAGUUUCGGACAGCUUCCCCUCUAUCAUCUCGUUUUGGAUCAGAAUCCACGGUAUCCCGCUCCACUACUGGACGGAAGAAGCGCUAGAAGCCAUUGGCUCUGAACUGGGCCGCGUUGAGUCAAAAGAUGUUCACAAUGGAAGAGUUCGAAUCACCAUCAACGGACUCCUUCCUCUUUAG